AUGUUGGGGUUAUCUUCUUUAAAGCUCACUGUUGAACAAGAACUCAUCCAUGGAGUUUCUGCCACCAAUGAUCACAACAACACAAUAAGAACAGGAACACUAUGGAGUACAGUUGCUUACAUCAUCACUGCAGCGUUGCUAUGUGGUUGGCUUCAGUUUCUUAACUUCUUUGGGACUGGUGUUGCUUAUGUGGUUACAACCUCAACUUGUAUGAUAGCAAUUCAGAAAUCAAAUUGUUACCAUAAAGAAGGGCAGGAGGCUACAUAUCAGGUCGUCUUUGAUAAGGUUGCUGAAAUCAACGCAUCUAAAGAGUCUUGGAACAUACGUGUUAAAGUCGUCAUGCUUUGGAAGCCGACCUAUAUAAACAAUCCUAAUAUGGUCGCAAGCCUGGACAUGAUUUUAAUUGACCAGGAGGGAAGUAGAAUUCAAGCAACAAUAAAAAAAAUCUUAUUCCUGUAUUUGAAUCCCUAUUCGAUGAAGGAGCUGUCCGGGAGAUCAGUAACUUCGCUAUGGCUAGCAAUGAAAGCGAAUACAUGCUUGUCCCUCAUAAACAUAAAAUCAAUUUCUACAAAACCACAAAAGAACUUUGACACUCGUGUUGCAUUUGAUUUUCUAGGUGAAGUUGUGUCAACUGAUCCCAUGCGAGUCAUUGUUGAGUAUGGAAGAGAGAAAAGGUUAAUGAAUCUGGUUGCUCAGGAUUUAAGUGGUACGAGAAUUGCAGUCGCUUUGUGGGGCAGUUUUGCAAUGAAGCUGAAUACUUACAUUUCACAACAUAAUAAUGACACUGCUCCUGUUAUUAUCCUGCUACGUUUGGCCAAACUCAAAAUUUGGGGUGGUCAGCCUCAAGUUGGUAAUUGUUUGUUUGGGUCUAGAUUGCAUAUAAAUGAUGACAUGCCUCAGAUUUUGGAGUUCAAAUCAAAUCUUAAUGCUUUGGAUACGAAUGUUGAGUCUUCUAGCCGUACAUCCCAGCUCAACUCAGAUACCGUUGUGGCUAAUCCAGAGGAUUACUACCUCCGUUUUCAGAUAAAAAACAUUGAUGAAAUUCCUGAUUUUAAUGAGGAAGUUGGUUUAACCAUUAUCGCUACUAUCAUUGGUUUUGAUAUGGAUGAUGGUUGGUAUUCAUUUUAUUGCCGUGAUUGUUCUAAAAAGGUUACUAAAAAUGAUGAUGAUGUUGAUGCUGGCCCUUUUCACUGUGAUGGUUGUGGAUUUGUCUCGGAUGUAUUUGGAAAGAUUAGGAUAGUAGUUCGUGUGCAAGAUGAAAGUGGCUCUUCUUCGUUUGUAUUGUUUGAGCGUCAUGUAAAAGAUCUUAUUCAUCGUGGAAACCAAUGGUUGAUGGACAAAAUAGCUAAGGAUCAAGGGCGACAACAGAUACCUGAUGAGUUCAAAAUUCUUCUAAAUAAGAAGUUUGUCUUCAAAGUUCAGAUUUCCAUGUUCAAUCUGCAGAACAACUAUCGUGCUUACACUGUGCAUAAGUUAACCGAUGAUGAAAGGGUUCUUGCUGAGGUGACAAAACGGUCACCAAAUCAUCAACAUGAUAAUAUAAAUGAUAAUGGUACUCCUAUUAACAAGUCAAAUAAGGAAAAUACUAAUUCUGUGCAUGAUGACAAUCUUGAUGUUGUUGACCUUGAAGCUGUAACACCAUCAUCGAGUACGGGGAAGCGCCCUAUUGAGAUUGAUGCCAACGCUGACUCUUUGGAGUGGUCUUCUUCAAAAACUUGUGUUGUACGGGAUACCUUGAAGAUCCCAAAGUUGGAAAAGUUGGACUAAUAUCAAGCCGCCCAUCAAAAUUUUACAUAUCAUCUUCGAUAUGUUUAUAGACAUUUUCUUUUUAAUCUUUUGUGUGUCGCAUAUUUAAUUCUCUGUUUAUUGAUCUUUUGGUUGUUUUUAAAAUUUUAUUGAGUUUUUAUUUGGUGUGUACACAAUGAUACAAUUGGAGGUUAUGACAAUUUCAAGUUAUUGAACUCUUUUGAUUUAAUGC